AUGACCAAUAACAGUACAAAAGAAGGCUUCAUUUUGGUGGGCUUCUCCGAGCAACCAAGGCUGGAAAAGAUACUCUUUGCAAUAGUUUUGAUGUCCUAUCUGCUUACCUUGGUGGGAAAUACAGUAAUUAUUCUCAUCUCCUCCAUAGAGCCAAAGCUCAAAACACCCAUGUACUUUUUCCUUACUCACCUCUCACUAGUUGACAUUUGUUUUACCACCAGUAUUGUUCCUCAGCUGCUGUGGAACCUAAAAGGACCAGCCAAGACCAUCACUAGCCUGGGAUGUGCCAUCCAGCUGUAUGUCUCCCUAGCACUGGGCUCCAGUGAAUGUGUUCUCCUGGCUGUCAUGGCUUUUGAUCGCUAUGCUGCAGUAUGCAAACCUCUCCACUAUGCAACGGUGAUGAACCCACAGCUGUGCCAGGCCCUGGCAGGGGUUGCCUGGCUGAGUGGUGUAGGAAAUGCUCUUAUCCAGGGUACAAUCACACUCCGACUACCUCGCUGUGGACACCGCUGGCUCCAUCAUUUCUUCUGUGAGGUACCUUCCAUGAUCAAGCUCGCAUGUGUGGACAUCCAUGCCAAUGAGAUCCAGCUCUUCAUGGCUUCAUUAGUCUUGCUCCUCUUGCCCUUAGCACUGAUACUGACAUCGUAUGGAUACAUAGCCAAGGCAGUUAUAAAGAUCAAGUCACUCCAGGCCUGGCAAAGAGCGCUGGGGACCUGUGGAUCCCAUUUGAUGGUUGUGACCCUUUUCUACGGAAGCAUCACUGCCGUCUACAUCCAACCCAACAGUUCUUACGCUCGCACUCAUGGGAAAUUCAUUUCUCUCUUCUAUACAGUUAUGACCCCCACCCUCAACCCCCUCAUUUACACACUGAGGAACAAGGAGGUGAAAGGAGCUCUGGGAAAACUAUUUCAUAGAGAUCUAGGUGCAUGA